UACCUAUUAUUCAGACUGUGUUUAAUAUUGAUUCAUUAAACUGUAGCAUUUAGUUGUAGGUGGUUUAGGCAGAGCUCAGCUCAACUAGAUUAAUCUCUUACAUUACAUGACAUCAUUAAAAUGAUCACUUUCCACCACUAGCAGAUACUGUUGGAAAGGGUUUCAUUUUUAUUAAGAAAUCCACGCGGAACCUCCAUAGUGCCGACGGUUGUUUCUGUCGGUGCCGCUUCCAGUGUAGCACCAAACAAACCGGAUGUUGUCUGAAUGUCAAAGAUGGCGCUGCACAUGUCACGGUGAAUUCUUACCCGAACAGCUCGCGUGAAAUCUUUCAUCUGUUUAAGGACAUGGCGCGCUGCCUGCCGCAGGGUGGCACGUCGACUACACUUUAAGAGUUGUUGUAUUUUUAUGACGUGAACACCACUGCGGGAGAAGAUGGCUUCCGGUUUACGGCUUUUGUUGGGACAAAUUCGACGCCCGAUUGUGGCUGCUAAUCAGACGGCUCGGUGUGCGAGUCGGGCGGCCUCUCAGCCGGAGCGAAGCGCGGAGGAAAACGAAGCCGUGAGCCCGACCUUCGUGAACCGAAACCCGCGGAACCUGGAGCAGCUGGCAUUGGCCGUGAAGGACCGCGGCUGGGACACGAUCUGGCCUCGCCGGGAGUUCUACCACAGGUUGGAGUUUUCUCGCACCCAGCACCACGUGACGGCACGCGUGUUCUCCAGCAGCUCUCCCGUCCCGGUGCUGUCCUGCUCCACCAGGGAGUGGGCGCUGAAGAAGGAGCUGGCAUCCACAAACUGCGUGGCAGCGUGUCAGGCUGUGGGCGAGGUGCUGGCCCAGCGAUGCCAACAGGCUGGCAUCACCAGGAUGGUGUACAGGGCCAUUCCCUGGACGUACCGCUCCGACGCUGUCCAGUCAUUUAGGACGGCAAUUAAAGGGGGAGGAAUCACCCUCAGUGAACCCAGAAGAAAAUACAUUGGCACCUGAAUUGAUCACAUUUGUUAUUUUAAAAUGUCCACUGUACCUCUUUUGUGACGGACUACUGUAUUGUUAUAACCAGUAUGACUAAAUGACAAUAUAAAGUGAAACAGAAUGAAGGUCAAA